AUGGCACCUCCAAAUGACACAGCCACCUUAAACUCCUCUGUUCUGAAAUCCGACAGCUUGGAGAACCUUAUUGAUGUUUCAGAUGGGAAGCUCAAUGUCAAAGGCGUUCCAUUGCUGUCGGAUGUCCCAACCAAUGUGUUUUUCAGCCCCUUCUCUUCCCUAUGCCAAUCCUCCGAUGCCCCACUUCCUCUGCUCCAACGAGUGCAUACUCUGUCCCAUAAGGGCGGAUUUCUUGGCUUUCAUCAAUCGCACCCUUCUGAUAGGCUGACCAAUUCCUUGGGGAAAUUCAAGGGUAGGGAGUUUUUGAGUGUCUUCCGGUUCAAAACAUGGUGGUCGACCAUGUGGGUUGGGAAUUCUGGUUCUGAUUUACAAAUGGAAACUCAAUGGGUCAUCUUAAAUGUCCCUGAGAUAAACUCAUAUGUCGUUAUCAUUCCCAUUAUCGAAGGCAGUUUCAGAUCUGCCCUUCAUCCUGGAACUGAUGGACAAGUUUUGAUUUGUGCUGAAAGUGGCUCAACUCAUGUGAAAGCAUCGAGUUUUGAUGCUAUAGCCUACGUUCAUGUGUCUGAUAAUCCUUACAAGUUGAUGAAAGAGGCUUAUGCUGCCACUAGAGUCCAUUUAAAUACUUUUAGACUCUUGGAAGAGAAGCCUGUCACACAUCUGGUGGACAAAUUCGGUUGGUGCACCUGGGAUGCUUUUUACUUAACAGUUGACCCUGUUGGAAUUUGGAAUGGUGUAAAUGAUUUUGUUGAAGGCAGCAUCUCGCCAAGGUUUCUCAUCAUUGACGAUGGGUGGCAAAGCAUCAACAAGGAUGGCGAAGACCCGUCUCGCGAUGCAAAAAACCUUGUUCUGGGUGGGACUCAAAUGACUUCCCGACUCUAUAGAUUUGAAGAGUGUGAAAGGUUUAGAAAGUACAAAGGUGGGUCUUUAUUGGGUCCGAAAGCUCCAUCGUUUGAUCCAAAGAAGCCAAAGUUAUUGAUCGCAAAGUCAAUCGAGAUUGAUCGUGUCGAGCAAGAUAGAGACAAGGCCAUUGAAUCUGGAGUUACUGAUGUGUCUGAAUUUGAAACCAAAAUUCAGAAGCUUAAAGCAGAGCUCAACGAUAUUUUUGGGAACCAAGAAGAAGAAACUAGUUCUUCCAACCAGGAUGAUGACUCUGGAUUAAAGGCUUUCACAAAGGACUUGAAAACAAAAUUCAAAGGUUUAGACGAUGUAUUUGUUUGGCAUGCUCUUGCUGGUGCUUGGGGUGGUGUAAGGCCUGGCUCUACACAUUUGAAUUCCAAGAUAAUUCCCUGCAAGCUUUCUCCUGGCCUCGAUGGCACGAUGGAGGAUCUUGCUGUCGUAAAGAUCAUUGAAGGUAGCAUCGGACUCGUUCAUCCCGACCAAGCUGACAAUUUCUUUGAUUCCAUGCAUUCCUAUCUUUCUAAAGUUGGAAUUACAGGUGUGAAAGUUGAUGUGAUACAUACUCUAGAAUAUGUUUCGGAGGAAUAUGGAGGAAGAGUUGAUCUUGCAAAGGCAUAUUAUAAGGGUCUCACCAACUCUCUUGUUAAGAACUUCAAAGGGACGGGACUUUUCUCUAGUAUGCAACAAUGCAAUGAUUUCUUCUAUCUUGGUACAAAGCAAAACUCCAUAGGAAGAGUUGGUGAUGAUUUUUGGUUCCAAGAUCCACUUGGUGAUCCCAUGGGUGUGUAUUGGUUACAAGGUGUUCAUAUGAUUCAUUGUGCAUACAACAGCAUGUGGAUGGGGCAGAUCAUACAACCUGAUUGGGACAUGUUCCAAUCAGACCAUCUAUGUGCCAAAUUCCAUGCAGGAUCAAGAGCCAUUUGCGGAGGUCCUAUAUAUGUGAGUGACUCAGUGGGCUGCCAUGAUUUUGAUCUCUUGAAGCAACUUGUGUAUCCCGAUGGAACUAUUCCAAGAUGUCAAUAUUUUGCCCUCCCCACUAGAGAUUGUCUCUUCAAGAAUCCAUUAUUUGACAACAAAACUGUUCUCAAGAUAUGGAAUCUUAACAAGUAUGGAGGCGUAAUUGGGGCUUUCAACUGCCAAGGAGCCGGAUGGGAUCCUAAAGAGAAAAGAAUCAGGGGGCGUCCAGAAUGCUACAAGCCAAUGUCUACAACAGUACAUGUCAACGAUGUGGAAUGGGACCAAAAACCAGAAGCAGCUCCAAUGGGAAAUUUUGUCGAAUAUGUUGUGUACUUGAACCAAGCCAAGCAAAUUUUCCACACGACUCAAAAAUCUGAACCACUAGAAUUGACCCUUCCACCAUCUACAUUCGAGCUCUUUAAUUUUAUACCCCUAAGAAAGCUAGGUUCCAACAUCAAAUUCGCUCCCAUUGGUCUGACCAACAUGUUCAACAGUUCUGGAACUAUUCAACAUCUAAAGUAUAACGAAAAGAGUGUGGAAUUAAAAGUGAAAGGAGUAGGAAAUUUCUUAGCUUACUCAAGUGGGUCGCCGAAGAAGUGCCUUUCAAACGGAAUGGAAGUCGAAUUUGAAUGGAAUUCAGAUGGAGAGCUGAGUUUUGAGCUUCCAUGGAUUGAAGAAGUUGGUGGAGUUUCAAAUUUGGACAUUUUCUUUUGAGAAUUUUUACUACCGAACUUAAAUUUGUAUGCAUUUUCUUGUGUUGUGUUAAAUGUUAUGUGUGCUCACCAGAGUUAUUUCAAUUAAAUAAAGGCUUUUUAUCAUUA